AUUUAAAUUCAAUGUCUCACGUUUAUUAUAAUGAAUUAUGGCUUAUUACGAGGAAAGACCUGGAAAAGCUGUUAGAACUCGAACAGGAAUUGCAAGAAAAUGCACCAUUACAAAACAAAACUGCUUUAAAUUCAGCUCUAUCUAUGUAUCUAAAAUACCGGAAUAUUGUGAGAAGACUCACUACGUGUUACGAUCAAAUGGUUCAGACGCAGAAACGGAAGUUAAUUAAAAAGAUGUUAGGUUGUGCCAUUGGACGAAUGCUAGAAUACAAAAAGGAAAUUGUCAAUUUGGACUACACAGAUUAUCAAUGGCCUGAUGAUAUUUUGAAUAAAUUGAAAUUCACACCAGACGACAUUGAGCUGUUUGCAUCAGUAUCUGGCCGAGAAGGUGUAGAGGAACGCAGAAAAUUUAUUCAAGAGUUGAUAGAAAAUGCUCAGAAAGCACCAGAGACGAGAGAACGCAGCCUUUCGCAAAUUGAGAGUAUACCCCAGAUGGAGGAUGAGACAUUAAAAACACGUGCUACUCGAAGAAGAAUGCGGAUCGUGCAACCUUCAAAGAUAGAGUUAAUCUACGAAUCACCCGAGGAAAAAACCGCUCGAGAAACAAAGCUUGCUGCUGAAAGUACUAUGCGUAGCGCGAUAUUAUUGAUACAGAGUCAUGAGAGAGCCAGAAAGGGACGAUGCUAUGGUGCAGAUGUGAAACGUAUAUAUGAUUACAACAAGAAAGUGAGAAUGAGAGAAAUAAUACCGAGAAAAAUAGCUCGCACCAGAUACAUUAAAUCAACAGUGACGAUACAACGCGCGUGGCGGCGUUAUGCCGCUAGAAGAGCUAUGAAAAAACGAAUUGCGCGCCUUGAGGAAGCUUUAGGUAUGACGAUAUCAAACUGGCGAUGCCGCGAGACAAUCGCGAAGGAUGAUGACAACUUUCAACAACGACGUGCUCUGAUGCCAAUAUUUGAUGCACGCAUAAAGAAGACAAUCAGCGACGAACGUACAAAGCUCCUGAGAAUUAGAGGUCCUGGACUAAUAGAAGACAUCACUGACGAAAUUCACGAGUGGUUCGUUGUUUGGUAUAAUGUAUUGGGACAUUAUGACGUGUUCCCAGCAGCGGAUUUUGGUGGCAGCGUGUUAAUCGUGACUGGACAGACUUUAACGCCGCAGGAAUAUCUAUUGGAAAAAUUAGAAAAAGAAAAAAUCGCCAAAGACAAUAAAGGUGCUGAGAAAAUGGCACCAGUUCCCAAAGAACCUAUCACAAGUGAAGUUCCUGGUUGGAAAAUGCCUCAAACGGAUGCUUUAUCUUGUUUAAAGGAAACAAACAUCGAGUUUAUUCGGAAUUGGAGUUUUCGUAAAGAAAUAGACUCGGAACAGGAAUAUCUAGAUCUGAUCACCGAGAAACUCUGUUAUGAGUUGCAGCUUGAAAUGAGAGAGAUAGUAGACGAAUUGAUGAGGGCCGAACUGGAACUAUUGAACAAGGCUUUACUAAAAGAUCACGCGUAUGAUGAGGAGAAAUUCACGAUUCCUACAAUGAAGAAAACAAAUUUAAAGCCAAUAGAUAUUGAUAAAACCGAAACAAAGAGAAAGAAGGAUAUCUUGAAAGAUGUAGGCGUCGAGGAUCUCUUCAGCGAGCUUCUGCAAACUAAAAUUAUUAGAAAUUAUCCAAUUGUUUUCUUACGCGAUUGGUUUGGCGAUCUCUCUUAUCAAAAUUACGAAGCACGUCGCGAGUCCCGAGAUUAUAAGCAUCGACUUGGAGAAAUAAAGCAACUCGUCUUGGAAUAUUGUAUAUUACCCUUAAUUUCCAAGGAGACACAUAAACUUGCACCGCUAGUGCGUUCUGUGUGCAUCUAUGGAUUACCAGGAGUUGGAAAGACUUCACUUGCUAAUGCCAUUUGUUCAGAAAUUGGUGCAUUACUUUUCAAUGUAUCACCAUCUGUUUUGUUUGAUAAAUAUGUAGGAAAGGAACAACAACAGAGACUUAUCGAUAUAAUCUCUAAAGUGGCCCACAUUUACGCGCCUUCUAUCAUAUUUCUCGAUGCUGGUGAGAAACCCUGGCUAAAGAAAGUUUCAUUACAAGAAAUGUCUCUUAAACCUAAGCAAUUCGCUAACCAUUUUGUUAAAUUAAAAAAUGAUAUUAAGCCGGGCGAUCAGAUACUAUUUCUCUCGCUGUCCGAAGAACCACAGAAAGCGACAAAUGAAUUCGUCAAGUUCCAUGAUAAAUUUAUAAUGGUGCCCGCCACCGACUACAAUACCCUUUACAUGUACUAUAAGAAUCUACUGAUGAAAUAUCAGGGUGUCGAUCGCGACAUCGAUAUCUCCUGUUUAGCCAAAAUGUCCGUUGGGAUACCUCUGAAUUUUAUUCGGCAAGCUCUGGAGAAGGUAUUGUCGCUGCGUCGAAGAAUUACUCUUAAAUUUAAUCCAUUAAAUCCGAUGGAGAUUAUGGAAGAGAUAUUGAUGUAUCAAUAUCCUACGAUGGAGAUGGUAAAACAUCUCGAUGAAUUUGAGAGACGCACUUCACUUGGUGGAAGAACCAAAGCUUUAUAAGAAGGAAGUUUGCGAUUGAAUGCAAAAAUAUGACGGGAAAGACAAAUACAUGACUAGAUUAUGAUUAGAGAAUGCUAAACAGAGAAAAGUACCUUUAAUGUAUAAUGUGUCAAUCUCGAGCGUGUUGCCAACCCUU